CGAGAGGGAGGGUGCACCGCGGCGCCGCCGCCACAAAUUGCGCUGCUCGCGGAGAGGUAACUGGAGAUAAAAAACAGACCUAAAAAUAAACCCUAGAAGGAAGAAAGUAUUUACCUACAUUUGGCUCUGAGUCUUGGCAGACACUUGGCAGUCUGUAUGGUCAGAUGCUGACUGGUCCAAAGGUCCACAUGUGAAGUCACCAUAAAGAGGGAAGUUGCAGGCCUUUCUCCUUGCUGAAACUGAAGAAGGUGGUCCCACUGCAUUAAAACCUCAUCGCCGUGAGGUAAGGCUAAGAUGAGCAUCACCAGUGACGAGGUGAACUUCCUGGUGUAUCGCUAUCUGCAGGAGUCGGGUUUUUCCCACUCGGCAUUCACAUUCGGGAUUGAGAGCCACAUCAGCCAGUCAAACAUCAAUGGGACGCUUGUGCCCCCCGCUGCCCUCAUCUCCAUCCUGCAGAAGGGACUGCAGUAUGUGGAAGCAGAGAUCAGUAUCAAUGAGGAUGGCACAGUGUUUGACGGCCGCCCCAUAGAGUCCCUGUCCCUGAUUGACGCAGUGAUGCCUGACGUCGUGCAGAUGCGGCAGCAGGCCCUCCAGGAGAAGCUGGCUCAGCAGCAAGUUUCGGCAGCGGCAGCCACAACCACAGCCACAGCCACAGUGGCAGCCAUGGCAACCCCAGCAGCUGUUUCCCAGCAAAACCCACCAAAGGACAGAGAAGCCUCGGUGAAUGGGGAAGAGAAUGGGGCGCAUGCAAUCAAUAAUCAUUUGAAACCAAUGGAAAUAGACAGAGAUGUUGAGAUUCCACCCAGCAAAGCCACAGUCCUUCGGGGCCACGAGUCUGAGGUGUUCAUUUGUGCCUGGAACCCUGUCAGUGAUCUCCUGGCAUCCGGAUCUGGAGAUUCAACUGCAAGGAUAUGGACCCUUACUGAAAACAGCAACGGGGGGUCCACGCAGCUUGUGUUGAGGCACUGUAUACGAGAAGGAGGCCACGACGUCCCAAGUAACAAAGACGUGACCUCACUGGACUGGAACAGUGAUGGGACACUGUUGGCCACAGGCUCGUAUGAUGGUUUUGCAAGAAUAUGGACGGAAGAUGGUAACCUUGCUAGCACCUUAGGCCAACAUAAAGGCCCCAUCUUCGCCUUGAAAUGGAACAAAAAGGGGAAUUACAUUCUGAGUGCGGGUGUGGACAAAACAACAAUAAUCUGGGACGCCCACACAGGGGAAGCCAAACAGCAGUUUCCCUUUCAUUCUGCCCCUGCUCUCGAUGUAGACUGGCAGAACAACACCACCUUUGCCUCCUGUAGCACAGACAUGUGUAUCCAUGUCUGCAGACUCGGCUGUGACCGCCCGGUCAAAACCUUCCAAGGACACACGAAUGAAGUCAAUGCCAUCAAGUGGGAUCCCUCUGGAAUGCUGCUAGCAUCCUGCUCCGAUGACAUGACAUUAAAGAUCUGGAGUAUGAAGCAAGAUAUGUGUGUCCAUGACCUUCAGGCUCACAGCAAAGAGAUAUACACCAUCAAGUGGAGUCCCACCGGGCCAGCCACCAGCAACCCCAAUUGCAACAUUAUGCUAGCGAGUGCUUCAUUUGACUCUACGGUUCGGCUGUGGGAUGUGGAGCGAGGUGUUUGCACCCACACACUAACCAAGCAUCAGGAACCUGUCUAUAGUGUAGCUUUUAGCCCUGACGGGAAAUACUUGGCCAGUGGCUCCUUUGAGUGCGUGCACAUCUGGAACACUCAGAGUGGGAAUCUCGUUCACAGCUACCGAGGCACUGGCGGCAUCUUCGAGGUGUGCUGGAGCGCCCGAGGGGACAAAGUCGGUGCCAGUGCAUCUGACGGCUCUGUGUAUGUGUUAGAUCUGCGAAAGUAAACACAAAACGUUACAGAAGAAAGAAUUCUCAUGGACCAGUAGUGAAGGUGGGGGUCACAGCACUCUUCAGACACAAUCCUAUCAGCUCCAAAACUGUAUGAACCUUACUUGCAUUAGAGUGUACUUUGAAAGCAACUCAUCCAUGGCCACAGGAGUCUUCAUUUUUUCAUGAUCUUCACCAAGAAGUUUAAAGCAGAAACAUACACCCAGUCAUGUCAAAGGGGAAAAGAAUGGUUUCCACCUGAACCUUCAGACUUGGAAGCACAAGGCCACCAGCUGGAUGGGGCACGGUUUGGUUUCCAUCCUGAACAGGCUCUGAUGCUCUGACAGGGGGGAUAGAAAAGCUGAACCAAAAAAGAAAAGGGAAAAUGCUGUGAUAAACCAGAAGGGUGGCGGGCUGUCCUCCAUGUGGUGGGUUGGUCGAUUCUUUCUUUGCUGACAGUUUGGAUACUACAGUUGCUCCUGUAAACGAUGUUCAAAGACCAGUUUGUACCGGUGAAAUGCUCAGCUUUGUGAGCCCAAAACUUUUCUAUUUUCUGGAGUCUUUGGUGGUUUUUAUAUUGGCUGGAAUCCUGUCAUCUGGGGGUCUUCAAUGUGAGCUGGAAGCUGUGUGUGCUCUGUCGCUUCUUUCUUGUGGUUACCAGCCCCCCUCCGCCUUUUCCC